AUGUCGCCCAUGGAAAAUAAAUGUAUUGGAAAAACACAUAAAAUGUCCAGUGACGCACUUUUGUGCUACGCGUGUAACAGCAGAUACGACCCAAGAUGUGCAGAUCCGUUCAAUCCGUACUCUCUAGGAAUUAUGAACUGCAGCAUGAUCGUACCUGCCGUCCCUGAUGUCAAGCACAAUAUUUGCAGAAAAAUGACACAAAAAAUUUACGGCGAGGUGCGUGUAUGGCGCGGUUGUGGUUAUAUUGCUGACGAACGCGACGACAAGGAAUGCGUGAAACGCAGUGGCACGCACGACGUGCAGGUCCACUAUUGUUCCUGCACAACCGACUUCUGCAACGGGGCGAGCGUGUCCUUGCCGUCCCUGCUCCUGGUGGCACCCGUUCUGGCCGCUACGGGCGUAUUGGGCGCGCUGAUGCGAGUGGCGUAACCGAAUGUGGUGUGAUUUUACUUCCUUUUGCAAAAUUUCUGGCUCACUACAUAAAUCUUAGCGAUGCAUUAAAAUCUUUGCGGUCAAAUAAAGUAUUCAAUAGUUCGGCUGGUUAGAAGUUUCCUCACAAAAGUCACAUGUAAUAG